GCAUCACCCCCUUCACAAUUUCCUCCGACUCUGACAACUACUUCAAGUUGUGUGCCUUGAGUAUUCAAAAAUGGCUGAGUUGGAACAGCACUCUUCUUCUCGUGAUAAUUCCUCUGUGGACUCUUCAGAGGAUACAAAUAGCAGAGAUUCUGAAGCUGGUUUCUCAGAAGAUGAGGAAACUCUGAUAAUCAGGAUGUUUAAGUUAGUAGGAGAAAGAUGGUCUCUGAUUGCUGGGAGAAUUCCUGGGAGAACAGCUGAGGAGAUAGAGAAGUAUUGGAACACAAGGCAUUCGACAAGCCAAUAAGCUUCUUAAACUAAUUAAACUUAGAGGGAUGUUCUAUCUAGAGAAAUUAUGUCAGUUUUUUCAAGUUCUGGGUAUAGAUGGAGUUUUUGUUUUUUUUUUUUUGGUAAAAUGGGGUAUAGAUGGAGUUGGUGUGGCAAGAUAGAGGUGACCUACUAAAUCACCAUAUGAUUGUUGUUUUCCUUUCAAGCUUUUCAAGUGGGUUUCCUUAACUACUAAAUUUGAUGUAAUACAUGAAAGGUAAAUUA